ACACUUUCUUGCACCACCGCGAUAAGGUUUUGAAUCCAUUAUCAGUUCCCAAUAUUUCCAACAUAACAAGAUGAAGUACCUUUUCGUGGUUGCCCUUAUUGCCCUGGCCAUCCAGGUGGCUUCAUCUGCUAGUACCACAACAACAACUGAUGCCACCACCACAACAACAACCACCACUGCAGCAUCAACGACAACAACAACAACGGCCUCUUCCACUCACAAAAAGCUUUGUUGGAGGGGCAACAACUGGUGCCACACUCGCAUUCCCAAGAGGAAGUGCAAGAACCCAAAGAGAUGCCACAAGACCAUCGUGAUUGUGACCCACAGGAAAAACUAAAAGUCCAUUUGACUAUUCACUUUUAACAGAUAUAAAAACAAUAUUUUUCGU